GUGAGGACAAAAAAGGACAACCCACUCGGCGGGGAACAUGUAACCCUGAGGAUACCAGCAGUGCAUCCUUGAAGAAAGUCACAACGACCUUCGUACUUUUGAGAAUUGUCGGGCAAAGUGUAACAAGGUAUUAAAAUGUUAUCGCCACUAUUGCUGUUGGGCAUGGUCGUGUGCAUAAUGGGCGGCUACGUGCCGCCCGGGCCGAGGUUCAGAUGCCCCAAAGACGCCAUUUACAUUUACCCCUGCACUUGCCUUCGGGGUAGUGACAGGGGUUUGUAUAUCCGUUGUGAGAAUACGAAUCUGGCCAGUCUCAGCCUUGCCUUCACGAAUCUGGGGAACGAGGGCAUGCCGAUCGAGGAACUGGUUCUAUAUAAAUGUAACAUAGUACGAUUUUAUGGGCCCGCUCUGUAUCCGUUGGACGUGCGAGUGCUGAAGUUCAUCGACACGCCGCUGAGAUUGAUCGAGGAGCACAGCUUCCUCGGUGUGAACCGAACUCUUCAGGAGCUGUACGUGAUAAACAGCGACUUGGAAAAAUUCCCUCGCGAGGCCUUGCAGAUUCUCGGCAAUCUUAGCCUGUUGAGCAUCACCGGGCAUCGGAUAUCUACCUUGCCAGGAAAUAGUUUCGGUGAAAGCGCGGCGGCUGCGAAGCUGGAAAAAUUGGAGAUUAGUAACGGCACACUUUCCUCCUUGCCUGUGGAAGCACUAACGCCACUCAAGAAAUUGAAAACUCUUGAUCUUCACGGUAACAAAAUAAAAGAUUUGAAGAGGAAUCAGUUCAAGGGUCUAAGAGACACUGAGUUUUUGGACAUUUCUCACAAUUUAAUCGACAAAUUAGACACAUCUCACUUGGCCGAUCUCGUCAAGAUGGGAUGGUGCAACAUGUCGCACAACGCAAUCGCCGAUUUGAAAAGAGGAACCUUUGCCCGGAAUUCUGUCUUAAAGGUCUUGAAUUUGAGCCACAACAAGAUCAGAAAACUCGACUCAAACACUUUUCGUGGCAUGCGUUUUCUUAGACGGCUACAUCUGAGUGACAAUCAAAUCGACGACGUGGGUCGUGGAACUUUCGGUUCCAUUACCAGGAUCGGCACCAUUGAUCUAUCUCGGAACUUUAUUAAAAAGAUCGACUUCCAAAUGUUCCAUCAGCUGCAAUUCGCUGAGCUUUUAGACGUUUCCGAGAAUUUCGUGACAAUCGUGGAGAAGCUGGCGUUUAAAGAUAUUUAUUUGGCGAAAGUAAAUCUGUCUCACAAUGAGAUUUCGAAGAUCGAACCAGGCGCCUUUGAAAAUUGUGUGAACAUCACGUUAUUGGAUCUCAGCCACAAUAAGCUCGAGAAUAUCUCCAAGUAUUCUUUCGACAGCGUAUCGUAUGCUAUGGAGCUACAACUCAGUUAUAAUCUAUUUACGGCUUUAAAUCAGAUUCCAAUGCACAACAUGACGGGCCUGAAAAUAUUAAACGUUUCCCACAACCUGAUACACUCCGUUCCACGACAAACUUUUCCAAAGCUGUACGAGCUUCACACGAUCGACAUAUCGCACAACAAUCUGUCCGAAAUUCACAACGCCGUAUUUCAGACGCUUUUCAGCUUGCGAAUCUUGAACAUGUCACACAAUUCUUUGGAGAAGAUAAAACCAUCGACGUUCGGGCCGUUGCCGACGCUUCUGGAACUCGAUAUGAGCUACAAUCAAUUGAACGACGUUGCACGCGGUAGUCUCACUCGAUUGGCCAGUUGCAGGAGCUUAACGGUGAAAAAUAAUCGCCUGACGAAGAUUUUCCAACUGCCGAUUUCUCUGGGUCAUUUGGACUUCUCGGAGAAUCUGUUGGAAGAGAUUCCGAGCACCGAUGUGUGGCCUACGAUGAAUGCGCUACUCUCGCUGGACCUUUCGCGGAAUCGGCUGGGCGAUAACCUGCAGGACGGGAGUUUUGAAAACCUGCUGACCUUGAGAAUCUUAAACCUGCAAGCGAAUAAUAUUACAAAGCCGCCCUGGCAAGCGCUGGGCAGUCUGAGCAGUCUGCAGUAUCUUUAUCUGCAGGAUAAUUACUUGACGAAACUGGAAAAAGCCGCCUUCGGCCGUCUACCGAUAGUGUUCGAGCUGAACCUGGCGAACAAUAAAAUAAACAACGUAACGAGCCGGACGUUCGAGGGCUUGCUGCAGCUGCUAACAUUGAACCUGACGAACAACAACAUCAGCUACAUACCGAACGGCGCGUUUCAGGGUCUGGUGUCUCUGCGAACACUCGACCUGUCGCACAAUAGAUUGGAGAAGCUAGACAACAAGACGCACGGACUGCUCGACGACUGUCUGUCUCUGGAGAGGCUAAACCUUAGUCAUAACAAGAUAUCAUUUAUUACCCGGAAGACUCUGCCGAACGAUCCCUGGAUCCCUUAUAGGCUGAAGGAAGUUGACUUAUCCUACAACACAAUGCCGGUCGUCACUUUCGACCUCAUCGCCGGUGCUAAGAAGAUUCAAUACUUAAAUCUCUCUCAUAAUAACAUUAAUGAGAUCAGAAGAUAUGUAAUCGGGAAUUUAACGGCUUUGCAGACUCUGGAUCUAUCGCACAAUGACAUAAAUGACGUCUCCGAUCGAGACGUCUUUGUACCGCCGUUAAAUUUAACCAACUUGCACUUAAGUAACAAUCAUCUGAGCCAUAUGCCUCUCGACAAAAUUCUACCGUUGCCAAAUCUAAAAUUUCUCGACUUGGAAGAAAACGAGAUCGGCGUCUUCGACGAGAGGUUCAUGAAGAUUAUUCAGAACGGCACUAUCCUCAGAUACUCCGGAAAUCCCAUGCACUGUGAUUGUCAUGUGCGGCCAUUGAAAAGGUGGUUAAAAGCUCAGACGCAGCUUCCGACAGAAUGGUCAAACGUGAUGUGUAAGAGUCCGAAUUAUCUCACAAAUAAAUUUAUCUCGGAGAUAACCGAGGAUCUCAUGAACUGCGGUGAGAGGGACAUUCAAGAGGAGCCUGAACUCGAUAUCACACCCGACGUGAAAUAUCGAAGUAUCGACUACAAUAACGAGGAUAAGAGUUGGAAAGCGACGUGGUACGUGACGUCGCGCGAAGACAUCGGCGAUUUUUACGUGGUGGUUCGGGAAUCCGGCAGCAGCAAAUCCAUGAUCGAGAAGGACGUCGUUUACAGCGAGCGAUCUUUCAGGAUCCACGAUUUGAAGGAGUCGAGCACCAAGUACGAGCUCUGCGUGCUCGCGCGCGAUUCCGUGGGGAACGUCAAGCACUAUAGAAAUUCGCAGUGUCAGAUUUUGAAUCAGCUUGACUCCAGCUCGUCCGCUAGCCUCAGGGCGAGCCUGUACUUCGUGAUAGUCGUUGCUUCCUUCUGCACCCUUAUGAGAUUUCGUUAA